CGUACGUCGAAGAACUUGAUAAAAACGAAGGUUGUGAGUGAAAAUAAGUCACUGAUUAUAAAAGCAGAAAAGUACAGCUGAAGAAUUCGACAUUUCAUGAACGCAGCUGAAGUACGUAAAACUGAACGACAGCAUUUGCAUGUUUUUUUCGUAUUAAUUGUUGUUGUCGGGUGCUCACAGUAGUUGUAGUGCAACCACCUCCGCUGGAAGGGUAAGUAAGUACCUGCUCCGAUAGUUUCAUACGUCAGUCCGAUUUUUAAAGAUAUAAGCCCAUUUCAUGCUCUCACAGGCAUUUCUGCACGGCCCCACGUUCGUUCGCUACUUUCCCUUCGUCCCCUUGAUAUUUACCCCCGUGUCGGAGGAAAGUGCCACCACCUUCGCAAGCUUGACCUGUACUUGUUUAGUAGGCAGAUAGGUUUUCAUUUACCAGAAUCGUCUUCAUCAACAUCUCCUCCUCGCUUUCAAUGCUACCCAAGACUCAGCAGCAAAUAGACUUUUUUUUUGUGCCAAGCGGUUCGUUGAGGUUGAGAACGACGACGGUGAUGUAGAAGAAGAAGAAGAAGAAGUCACUUCCAUAGCUUUAUUAGAUCCCAAAAAUGUUCGCCGCCACCUACCAGCAGUUGGAGCAACAGAACAAGAACGCCGGCGGAAUAAAUAAUACUAGCCUAAAUCUGCACGGCAUCGUAAGGAAAAAUCCCCCCUCCCCACACAGAAAAGGCAUACUUUCGGAAAUUUGUGAUGCUUGCUUGUGCUCACAAAUCGUGUCUGUCUUGCAAGAAGGCAAACCCAGAAGCCCCCUCCCGCAUUAUGCCUGCGGUUUGUGAUGCUGAAGGCGUACCGCAUGGACUUUUUUCAUGCCGAGCGCCUUGGCCAAAACCUCUCCCACUCAGGCUUGCUAUGGGCCUGCAGUCCUCUCCAGCAAGACAGAUUUGAUUUGACUACUCAAGUCCAGCGUCACAAGUGUCCAUUUGGAUAUGGGGAGGGGGGAUUUUUCCUUUUGAUACACGGCGUGAACAAGUCCGAGCGGUUACUGUUGCCCAAUGUCGUGGAAGAAGGUCUCCGGUCCAACGGGUUCACCUCUGCUUUCUCCGCUCCGGUGCACGAGGAUGCGCACGACGAGUACAAAAGGGCGCCUGCGCACCACAACACGGUCAUCCACGGGACGGAGAGGGCGCGGCAUGUGGUUGACGACCCUGUGAACAAGAUGCAGAAGAACACGUGCAGCGUGCGGCCAGCCGAAGCGGGCCACGGGGUCGUGCAACAGCUUGGGCCCCCCACUUCGCACCAGAAACAGUGCAGCAACACCGUCGAAGCCGACAGCUACACCAUCCAUUUAGAUCCUUUAGGAGUGACCAACGACGGGCCUUCUACUUCGAGGGAUAAUAAUACCAGCUCGAAUUAUUUUUACAGCAGCCGGUGGAAUUAUUCAUACGGCAGCGGCGGGACCACGGGUAGCACGUCCAUCGCCUCGCUGCUGCAGCAAGCUUUUGACACGGUCCAACUUCUGUUACCAACGUACGCCACGCAGGAAAACCUUAAAUGGGUCGCGAGGAUAGUGUUCUUGGUCGUCUUGAUUCUCUACUUGCUCCCCAUGACGUUUGGCUUGGUCGGAUUACUCUUCUCCGGCUUUUCGCUCUCGGCGGUGCAGUAUGCAUUGCAAAAAUGUCUGGGUCUGGAAGAAUGCAACUUGUAAUGCUAGCCUUACAUUCCUGGGAAAUCUGUAUUGCAUAACCGACAAAAGCCGCAGCCAUUUUUGUCAUGCAAAAACGUAGUUUCUCAUGCGGAUUGCCUAUGAGAUAGCGCUCCGGAAAGUUGUCGUGCUGGGCUGCAUUCGGAAGUGUUUCCAUCAUGCACAUUUUAGCAUCACAAGUUUCCAGACCCAGACAUUUUUGCAUUUCAUAUGCGGAAUCCGUACACGGAGGAGUACAACAAAAAAAUCGUCGCCACCGAGCAACAGGCGAUGGACCCCAACGAGAUUGCGGGGCCAGAGCAAGUAUGAAUUGCAAAAGUAUCGUACUCGUAUAAAUGCAUGACAAAUUCCCUCAGCAUGAGAAAUCGAAUUUGUAAUGCGGAUUUGCCUUGAGAAAAAAAUUUGUAAUGCUAACGCAUGAUUGCAAUUCAAUGGAAUUACAAUUACUACGAGUGCGAUACUUUUGCACGGAAUAGCAAGACAAAUCUGCGACAUCAAUUUCCGAAAACAACAACAACCCAGAAGGACUCUCCGACCGCACAACUUCCCCGGUGAAUGACACGACGCUGUGGUAUUGGGACAGUCGGCUGCUGUUCCUCUACGUAAUUCCCAUUUCCUUUGGCGUCUACGCGUAUUUCCGCAACAAAGACAACCAGAACGGGGACGUGGUUACGGCUUGCAAAUUAAUAUGUCUGGGUCAGGAAGAUAAUCGCAAGUUUGUCAUGCUCGGCUAGCAUGAUGACAUUCAUGCGCAUAAUUUUUUACACAAAAGCAGCUCGAAUUUCAAUUUCGUGUCAUUCUAGAAGGCAGUUUCUUGUCAUGCAGAAUAAGUAUUACACAAUACCUAGCAACUGAGAUGAAGCUUGUCAUGCUGAGCUGGCGCUUGUGGUGUGCUCAUGGUUCGCCACGCAGCAUCACAAGCUUCCAGACUCCGACAUUUUUGCAAAGCAUAACAAUGCAGCAACAAUUGCUCGGCGAUGACGGGAGGAGACGGAACAGUCACACGAGCGCCGGGGCGGCAGGAGGGAGCAACGGCUUCGGAGAUGCGGAUGAACACGCGGAGUAUGAGCCGCUUCCGUAAAUUCUUGGUCGCGUGCGUCCUCCAGUGGUUCAUGUACAUACAACUUUACGAGGAACCUAUUGUGCAGUUGUUCGAGAAGAUGAAUGAUUCUUCAUUUGGCGCAACAAGCAAGACAAAAGAACUUGCAGAUUUUUGUCUAGGAAGGCGCAGUAGCAGUUAUGAGGUUGAGGCAAGGUAUUAUAUAUUGAAGCACCUACCUCGUCGAGGACCUGCUUCCUACACAAAAAUUUCGACGCAAAAGUAGUAUAAAAACCACUAGUAUAAUUCUUCAAGAAUCCAUCACCGCACGGAGUCAGUCUCUCUUUCUACUUGAAGCUGUGAUAAAGCAAAGUCUUUUCAUCUCGUUGGACUGGAGUCGAACUGGAUGUGGGCAGCAGGGUCAACAGCACUUUGUUCACUAGAAUGUGAAAAGGAAAAA